AUGGAAUUCCUCCAGCCACCGAAACACUUUCUCAGCACUUGGGCAGAGUCAUCUCUGCUCAGGAAGAUGGACGUCUGGACAUCGUUAUGUCUGGGCAUCAUCCUCCUCGGCGUCUUCGCCGUCCUACCCCACAUGCGCAAGCCCUCUCGCAAGCUCCCUUGGAUUAAUCCCCCAGAGUCACUGGAUCUGUUCAACAGCGAAAGGAAAAAAGGAUUCCUGUUGAAUGCCAGAGGCUUGAUGGAGACUGGCAGAAAGAAGUUUCCUGGCCAGCCCUACAGAUUCAUGACGGACGUCGGCGAGACCGUCGUCAUCCCACCGGAGUUCAUCCACGACAUUCGCAACGACCCCGGGCUGAGCUUCAUGGAUGCCUUCGCAGACAACUUCCAUCCCCGACUAUCUGGAUUUGAUGGUUUUGCAGUCGGUACCAGGCCCGAUCAGUUGUUCCAAGUUGUCAUCAAAAAGUGCAUCACCAAGUUGUUGAACCAGAUCACGGAGCCGCUGUCAUCCGAAGCCAAGUUCGCCGUCGACCUCCGAUUCGGAACAUCCACGGAAUGGUGCGAGUUCAACAUCAAAGCCGACGUCCUCGACAUCAUCUCCCGCCUCUCCUCCCGCGUCUUCCUCGGCGACGAGGUAUGCCGCAACGAGGCCUGGCUCGAGGUCACAAAGUCCUACACCGUCAACGCCUUCAUAGGCGCCGAGACUAUGCGCAUGUACCCCAGCUGGCUGCGACCGCUCGCCCAAUGGUUUGUCCCGCAGUGCAAGGUCCUCCGCCAGCAGGUUGCCGACUCUCGACGCAUCAUCGAGCCCGUCCUUCAGAAGCGCAGGGAUCUGAGGGCGCAGGCGCGGGCUAAGGGCGAGCCGAUUCCAAGGUUCAACGACGGGCUGGACUGGUUCGAGGAGGAGAGCCGCGGGGCCAAGUAUGAUGCCGCUGGGGCGCAGUUGGGGCUAUCUGCUGUUGCGAUUCAUACGACUACGGAUCUGCUCGUGGAGACAAUGUUGCGGAUUGCUGAGCACCCUGAGCUGUUUGCUGCGAUAAGGAAGGAAAUUGUGGAAGUUCUCAGCGCUGAGGGCUGGAAGAAGACGGCUUUGUUCAACAUGAAGUUAACGGACAGCGUUUUGAAAGAAGCGCAACGACUCAAACCGGUCACCUCAGCCAUCAUGUCCCGAGUCGCAACCCGGCCAGUCACCCUCCCGAAUGGUCUCCAACUCCAGACAGGCGAGCGAUGCGUCGCUGACCUUGGAAGAAUGGUCGAUCCCACGGUCUACGAGAAUCCCGACCAAUUCGAUGGAUACCGUUUUGUCCGUAUGCGAGGAACUCCGGGACUCGAUGCCCAAGCCCACCUCGUGAGCACCUCGCCCGAGCAUAUCGGCUUCGGACAUGGCAAACACGCCUGCCCCGGCCGCUUCUUUGCAGGAAAUGAGUUGAAGAUUGCGUUAGCGCACAUUAUCAUGAAGUACGACUGGCAGCUCACGCCUGGGUACAAGCACCGCUGGGAGGAAUACGGCUUUGGAUGGUCAUCAGAUGGUAUGGCCAAGUUGCUGAUGAAGAGGAGAGAUAGUCCCGAGAUGGAUAUCGACAACUUUUGA